AUGCUGCUGCAUCGGCUGCACAUUCCGCGACUGCAGUUGCUGUGCCGCCCCGUGCGGCCUCCCUGCGCUUCCCCAUCACCUCGAAGGGAGUGGCGGCGGAAUGCCAGCUACAACGCCAGCUACAACGCCAGCGACACCGCCAGCAGAGACCCUGCCAGCAGCUACACCGCCAGCAGAGACCCCGCCAGCAGAGACCCUGCCAGCAGCUACACCGCCAGCAGAGACCCCGCCAGCAGAGACCCCGCCAGCAGAGACCCCGCCAGCGCCAGCCGCCCGUCCCUCUAUCCUCCCCCCCUCCCUAGUCGCCUUCCCUUCCGCGACUACGACUGUGGGGGGGGAGGUGGUGUGGAAGGGGUGGCCGCCGUGAGCCACUGCAGCACCACCCUCUUCCCUGCCUCUCCCCUCCCGCGGCUGCUGCUGUGGGGGGGAGGUGGCGGGGACGGGGGGGGGGCGGCUGAACUGGGGGGUGCGGCUAAAGGAGGGGUGGUUGAGUGGGUGUGGGGAUUUUGGGGUUCGUAA